AGCCACCCAGAGUGGAGCGGUGGGGUUGGGCGAUAAACAGGCUGUGGCUAGGGAGGAGGGGUGGGAGGGUUUGUUCCGUUGGGACUUUUCACGCCCUUUUAUUUCUUUAGGUGUGGUUAGGUUCAGCGGACUGAGCGAGCGUAUUCUCUUGUGAAAGGGGAUUAAGAAGCUCCCGCGAGAGCGGUCAGAGUUGCGGAGGGGUGCGAGACAGGAAUUCUCCCCUAUGCCAGCCAAAUGGUGCGGCCCUGAGCUGUUUCACUACCCGGCCGGACGAGUCUGAGAGAGGCCCCGGAGGGGACAGGGAGGCGGCCCGCAGAACGCGGGUUCUGUGAAGAGACGUGGAGAAGAUUCGAUUCGGAGAAGAGGAAGAGCCCGAUUGAAGGGGAGCGAGGCCGCUGAGGGGGAGGGGGCUGCCAAGAUGGCGUCGUCCUCCUCUGGGCCGUCGGCUGCCGGGGUUUCAGCCUUGGAUCCCGCGGUCUCUUCCGGCGCCUCUUCCUCAGCAUCGGGAAUCAAGAGAUCCAUGCCAUCUGAGGUUCCUUAUGCCUCUGGCAUGCCCAUCAAGAAAAUAGGCCACCGAGGUGUUGAUUCCUCAGGAGAGACGACGUACAAAAAGACAACCUCAUCUGCCUUGAAAGGUGCCAUCCAGUUAGGCAUUACUCACACUGUGGGAAGCCUGAGUACCAAACCAGAGCGUGAUGUCCUCAUGCAAGACUUCUAUGUUGUGGAGAGUAUCUUCUUCCCCAGUGAAGGGAGCAACUUGACCCCUGCUCAUCACUACAAUGACUUUCGGUUCAAGACCUAUGCACCUGUUGCCUUCCGUUACUUUCGGGAGUUAUUUGGUAUCCGGCCUGAUGAUUACUUGUACUCUCUCUGCAGUGAGCCGCUGAUUGAACUCUGCAACUCUGGGGCUAGUGGUUCCCUCUUCUAUGUGUCCAGCGAUGAUGAAUUCAUUAUUAAAACGGUUCAGCAUAAAGAAGCGGAGUUUCUGCAGAAGCUGCUUCCAGGAUACUACAUGAACCUCAACCAGAAUCCUCGCACUUUGCUGCCUAAAUUCUAUGGACUGUACUGUGUGCAGGCAGGUGGUAAGAACAUUCGAAUUGUGGUGAUGAACAAUCUCUUACCACGGUCCGUCAAGAUGCACAUCAAAUAUGACCUCAAGGGCUCAACCUACAAACGGCGGGCUUCCCAAAAAGAGCGAGAGAAGCCUCUCCCCACCUUUAAAGACCUGGACUUCUUACAAGAUAUUCCAGAUGGUCUUUUUUUGGAUGCUGACAUGUACAAUGCUCUAUGUAAGACCCUACAGCGUGACUGUUUGGUGCUGCAGAGCUUUAAGAUAAUGGACUAUAGCCUCUUGAUGUCGAUCCAUAACAUAGAUCAUGCACAAAGAGAGCCCUUAGGCAGUGAAGUGCAAUCCUCAGCUGAUACUCGCAGACCAGCCCCCCAAAAGGCUCUCUAUUCCACGGCUAUGGAAUCUAUCCAGGGCGAGGCUCGGCGAGGUGGCACCAUGGAGACUGAUGACCAUAUGGGUGGCAUCCCUGCCCGCAACAGUAAAGGGGAAAGGCUGCUGCUUUAUAUUGGGAUCAUUGACAUUCUCCAGUCUUACAGGUUUGUUAAGAAGUUGGAGCACUCUUGGAAAGCCCUGGUACACGAUGGGGACACCGUAUCAGUGCAUCGCCCAGGCUUCUAUGCUGAACGGUUCCAGCGCUUCAUGUGCAACACAGUGUUCAAGAAGAUACCCCUGAAACCCUCUCCUUCCAAAAAGUUUCGGUCUGGCUCAUCUUUCUCUCGGCGAGCAGGCCCCAGCGGCAACUCCUGCAUUACUUACCAGACAUCGGUCUCUGGGGAGCACAAGGCACAAGUGACAACCAAGGCGGAAGUGGAGCCAGGCGUCCACUUCGGUCGUCCUGAUGUUUUACCUCAGACUCCACCUUUGGAGAAAAUCAGUGAGGUCUCGACUCUUCCUGACCCCUAUUUCUCACCUGUAGUUGGAGAGACUUUGCAAAUGCAAACUACAAGUGAGCAGAAAAAUUCAGAAGACCUGGAACAAGAUUCUGCCAGCUUGGUGAUCCCAAGAAGCCAGCCCUUGCCCCAGCAAUGCUGAAUUUUCUUCUUCGUGGUCAUCACAAAAGGAAUAUAAUGGAGGCUAGGGGAGCUCUCUGCCUCCUUCCUGAAGAAGAACCUCUUCUCCUUCCCCUUCCUUAUGAAUGGGCACCAGUGCCUCGGACAGUUGAGGACAGCAACAUCUUCUCCACUUCUGAGUUAGAUGGCACAAGUUUUCAAGGGGCCAGCCUUGGCUUCCACAACUGCAUUGUUUUCAAACCCCCAUUCUUCCUGCUGGAAGUGGGGUUGCUGGAUUUGGUGGUUUUCUUCCUCUUCAUCUACCGUUCACCGGGAGCUGGACUCUUCAAUUUCCUCAGGCAGACUAGCUGGCACAUUAUCUCCACCUUCUCGCUUUCUCUGGAAAAAGAUCCUUGUAAUCUCUGUUAAGGUUUUGGGGAUAAGGGUAUUAAGCCAAAUCCCACCUUAAUUUUUUUUUUUUUUCCUUAAAAAAAGGAAAAAAAAAACUAGCACACAGCACACAAUUUGAAGCCAGUUAGUUUCAGAUCAAAACUGCAGAAGUGUCAGGAGAGAUGCCUAUUUUGGGGGCUCCCUCAGAACCCCCUGGUGUUUAAGAAAUGGAAGUAUGGAACUGCUUUGCCAGGAGCAGCUCCUCUUUAACUCCUCCUCUCUUGAUGAAUUUCUUAAGGCUGAAGGAAUGGAGAGAGUGGGAACAUGGGGUAAUCUUUAUCCCUUUUGUUGAAACAGGGGGGCAGUCAUGGGACCAGAAGAUCAGAGCCCUUGCUAGGCAGGACCCUGCUCACUGCCAGGCCAUCACAGUUAUUAGUGUUUUGCAAUUUGAAAUGUAUUCUGCUUGUUUUUCUAAAUAUGAAGACUUAAAUGAAUUUGGAUCCUUCUCAAAAGGAGGUUUCUUCCUUGCUCUUCCCACCUUUUCCGACAGUGUUCUGCUUUUCAAGGAGCUGAGGUGGGGAGGGGACACCUCUAUCCCUUUAACAGGCAGUCUGUAUCUGUGAGGCUAGAGAAUAUUCACUUAGACUGAUGGGGAGCCAGCAGAUUCUUGCCUAGGUGAGUUCAUUGCUGUGCCACAUGCCCUGCCCCUUCUCGUGCAGAGAACUCGGAAAUGAGAGCUGUGUAAUCUGUCUGUUCCCCCUCUCCAAUAGUUGUGAUUCCCCACCUGAUCCUCCUCCUCGUGGCUGGGGACUAGGGGGGCCUGGCAUUUCAGGCAGAUUGUUGAAUACUGUCCCGUCUCGAUCCUGCCCGACCUCGAUAGUAAUUUAGCCCAUCCCCCAAAUAACUGUCUAUAUUAGACACCCCCAGCCAGUUUCUGGCUGCCUGUCUUUGCUGCCAUGUUCUUUUUUACAAGAAGGAAAGAAACAAUUCUUGCUAUUUUUUUUCAUAAUUUACUAUUUAUGAUGUAUUUAAGUGUUUUAUUCAGGACAGAGUUCUGUAGGGAGUGGGAGGGAAUAUUUGAGGGGGCUGGGUCUUAGGGAAGGGAAUGGGGAAUCAACAUUUUUAUGAAGUGUCACUAUUUGCCUCCACUUUGUAUUGUUCAGAUACAGCAAAUGCAAUAUAAAAGUGAUAAAUAUCUGGUUUUAAUGUAUUAAACUUUCAUCAGUUAUUUAGAGA